CGUGAAUAGUGUGUAGUCGAGUGCGAGAUAGAUAGUUACCAAUAGUUACUGCUUCGAUUAGUUGUGUUAAGCACUGGUAAAGCAGGAGUCCUUUACAAGUGUAAUCAAGGAAUUUUUUUUUUGUCUUGAGAAUGAUUGCUGGGAAAACCAUGAAAUAAUCGAAGAUUUCCACUUAACUUCUCAAAAUUCAUCUCAAAAAUUGCUUCUACAACACAGCUGGUGAAAUAAUUACGUGUCUGGUGUACUCUUGACCCUUGGUAAUCCAUCCAUCAUCAUGACAGGCAAAGCAAUGUCAGGCAAAGUGAUAGUAAAAGAAGUUCGAUUUGGAUUAUUUCGCGUCGUAUGGAAGCUUUCAUUUGAAAAGGGUAAAAACGUGAAAUAUCAUCAACAAUUUCUCCUUGAAGGCAGGAAUUUCAAGAUUUCUACGAGGAAUACAGCGUAUUCCAACUAUGUCACACUUAAAUGUAUUUCUUGUAGCGACCAUUCUGCUAGCCAACCUGAAGAUGAGCAAUCAAAAUCGAAACGCAUAAAAAUAGAAGAAGAAUCAGUUUUGCCCGAAUUGAAAAAUCUGUCAGAUUCUGUCAAAGUUAUGUAUUCAGGCAAAAGCAGCAAAAGUGAACCUCAAACUGGAAAUGACCCUAUCAAAUGGGAAUUCUCUACAUCCCAAAUCCUAUCAGGAAAUAAGAUCAGCAUGAUCGAGUUGUGGAUCGACUUUGGGACGAACGAAGUAAAUGAAAAAAUUGUUAUCAACGGACUGUCAGAAAUUUUGCACAACCAAACUCUGUGUGAUGUGAAGUUCAAGUUCACAAACAGUGAAGAGAUCGGGGCCCACGUUGCAAUCCUUACUGCCAGAAGUCCUGUUUUCGCUGCCAUGCUUCAGUCGGAUUUCGUUGAGUCAAAAACAAGAAUUGUGAAUAUUGCCGACAGUGAAAUGGACGUUUUCAAGGAAAUGUUAGUCUACUUGUACACCGGUAAAGCUCCAAAGCUGACGGAAAACAACUUUACUCAGUCCGUUUACGAAGUAGCUGAUAAAUAUGGCGUCAAAUCCCUCCAAGAUGAUUGCGUCAACCUCCUUGUAACUCAACUGAGCAACAAUAACGCUAUGGAAGUGUUGGUCUGGGCACAAUUCCAUUCGCUUUCCAAGCUGUUUGAAAAGGCCUUGCGUUUUAUUGCGAAAAAUUCUGAGGAGCUCUGCUCUCAACCCGCUUGGUUGGAUUUUAUGAAGGAUCAUCCCAAAUUGUGGCUGAAGAUUAACCAGAGAAUGGCCAACCUCAUCGCCGAAGGAUAUGAAGUUGGAUUGUUUUCAGAUGAAGAAUAAUUUGCACUAUUUUGGGUUAUGUGAAGUUUCAACUUAGGAAUCUAUAAAGUUGAAUGAAAACAGUGCUUUUGUCACGAAAACUCGGAAUUGUUAGCGUCUGAUUUUAGUCAUAAAGUUAAUUUCCUUUUAUCUUACUUAACCAAGUUGAACAUUAAUAUUAUCAUCUAAAUUUACUUGUUUGCUUUUACCAAAAAAGGUAAAUAAACGUAAAUGUGAAGUGA